AUGGUGCUCGUAGAGCGUCGCGGUCUGGCUGCGCGCUCAGCGCGAGCCCCUAGUCGCGUUGAACAUCGCAAAAAGAAACCAUACAAGGUUGUCUUGGAGUCUGUGACAGCAGAGAAGAAGAAGCUGCGCUCCGCUGUAUCAUAUGAUGCGCAAUCUCCUGAAGGGUACACAUUUGUCCCAGCAGGAAUUCCGGAGCUAUCCGAGUUUUGCAAAGAGCUAUGUCGGAAGCGUAGCCUCGUUGUUCACAUUGUCUCUGCCACUCCGAAAAACAAGGCCUCAACGGACCCUGAGAAGAUCUCCCAUCAUCUACAUCGUGUUGGUUAUCAUUUCCCAAACGCCGUUGUGGAUCAGGCUUGCGACUGGCUAGGAUAUAGUAUCCGAGGAGGUCAGUAUCGGAAAGACUUGGAUGUUCUCGCCACGUCUCGCCUUGCCAGAAGUCUUGCGGGUCACAGCAAGCGUUUAGGCUUGGACCAGGGGAAGGGCUCUGAGGACGACACGAAGACACAAGUCAGAUCUGCGAUCCGAGAUCUUUUCCCAAAAAUCCCCGACAAAGAUCUCGGCGAGAUUGUCCAACAUGCUUUUCGAAAAGGCACCAAACGAGUCGGUAAUGCACAAGAGCUUUCGCUUCCACGACGCGUACAAUUGGCAGUCAUUGCUCAUAUCCGCCACGUCUACACCGAUUAUGAUAAACUGCUCAAAUCUGGUACGUAUCUCGAAGCCCGAGCUAAAGUUGAACAGCCGUGUCUAGACCAACUUAUGGAGUGGCGGGGCGAAAUUGAUGAUGGCGAAUCUGAAUUCGAGGACAUCUUUCGCGAGACUAUUGUUAUCGAUUCUGAUAAUGAUGAUGAUGACGACGAUGACGACGACGAUAGUGCCGACGAAUCCGUCAAUGGCCACGCUAGAGGGCAUAGUCUUGAGAUCGUAUCCAGACAAGCUGCUGCGCAUGAUCUGCAACCUGAAGAUUACCCGCAAGAUUUCUAUACAGGAAAUUCGCGUUCCUUUCGAGCUCGCAGACGUAUAGUGGUAGUACCAUCCUCACAAAAGCCUGAUAUAUCUUAUAUGCGUCCGGUGACGAACGGCCGAACAGUCAGAACUCGCCCCCAUCAGCCUGGACCGUCAAUUGUGCAGUAUACAGACCGAAAGGACUAUGUCCCUUCAGUAUAUGAGACCCCGACUACAGCGUAUCCGUCAGCGUAUGCGGAACCAAUACGAGAGGUUGUCUAUGUUCGAGAAUACGUUGAGGGUCGUCUUCUCCCCUCAGUUCCGGCGUCGAAUACAAACGUGGUAUACAGGCGUCCCAAUAUGAUGGUCACUGACCCUGUCAUACUGCGAAGACAGCAUACAGACGCAGAUUACCCAGUCGCAAGCAAGUAUGCAGAGCCCCCAAUUCAUCACAGCAGACCAUCACGUGAAUAUAAGCCGCAGCAUCGGCGCGCCCUGGUAUCAGACCGGAUUGCAGGCAGCCAGUACUCCCAUGUGCGAGAUGAUGACUCUAUCAAGGAUCAUGACAUGCCUAUUCCAUCCAUUGAAGAUACAGACGCGCACGAGUCAAUGCGUGAUCUUCGACUUGCAGCUAAGAUGCCAACCUCCGUGGAGCCACAGCUAUUACAUGGCCCAGGCAGAGACGCUUAUGGACACGAACAUAGUGGGUCCAGACGGACUCUGCAUUCACAUCGAGAACAGCAAUCGAUCCCAAACGAGGCUCAUACCAACCAACAAUUUCAUGAAUCGCAUCAAGACUACUAUGUUGGGCGAAGCAAAGCCCCUCAGUACGUGACAAACAAAGGUCUAAUAUCUAGCAACGUAAGAACAUCUCGAACAGGACAGAUACAGGCUCGCCAAAUCGUACCCCAGAAGCCUGGACUAGUCCCAGAUUAUGAUGAAAGUUACAUACCUUUGAUUGCAGAGAGUCCGCGGACACAAAGCCGCUAUAGGCCGAAUCAUUCUGAUUAUUACACUGAACCUGGACAGAUCCAUGGUGAAGAGACUCCGUCAACACGAUCACUUGAGCAAGCAGCACGACGACUUAUGUCUCCAAGUGAUUAUGUUCAGUCUCCUCAGGAGCUCGAGCAAGAGGCACGUCGACUGAUGUCUCCAAGUGACUAUCGUCCUGCGCAUGAGUCUCAUCGUCAAUAUAUGACCAAUCAGAAUGAGAAACGCAUUCAUACUAAUUGUCAGGCUUCCCAGAGUCGUCGUUUGCUUAGCGGACAGAGCCAAAAUACUGGCCGGCACGCGUCUGUGCGUCUGAAAGAACCAUUCAUAACGCCCCGUGAGUAUAGAUCGGGAGCCACGAGGCAGAGCCCCGCUCGGAAUGAAGGCAUCCGCAAUGGCAACUCAGAGGACCCAAUCAUUAUUCAAGACAGUCCGCCACGGAAGAAGCGAUCGGGUGUAGCAAUUUCUUCCAAGAACAAGCAGCCGGCAGCUCAACGCCGUACAAAUAUGCGCAGUCAGCACAAAGAGCGCAAAAUGGUUGACCCUGAUCAGCCAGAAAUUCCGCGCAACUCUGGAGUUGUGCCCCGGAAAGGCCUCUCUGGCAACGGUGUCGUGGCCGAGCGAGCUCUCGCCGAACAAGUCUGGGACAAUUAUUGA